AUGUUAGAAUAAAAAUGCUCUUAGUUUUACUUUUUGGAAAAAUUCCUGAAUUCUAAAUUUGAUGACCACACAAACUUAGAAAUAAAACUAAAUAGUAUUAACAUUGAGCUUUAAGGUUCUUCAUAGUUAGGCUUAGGACUUGGUAAUUGUAUCAAUCUCUCAACUUUAGCAAUUAAUUUAAAUAAUUGUAGUAUUGGAGAUACAGGUGUUUAGGAACUAAGUUCUGGUUUAGCUUAAUGCACAAAUCUCUCAGAUUUGUCCCUUUAUCUUGGCUAUAAUAAUAUUUUUAAAGACGGUGCUUCAAAUUUAGGUUCUUCGUUAGCGAAAUUAGCUAAUCUUUAAAGUUUAAUCCUUAGUGUUGGUAAUAAUUAAAUUGGCUAAGAUGGAGCUUCAGAAAUACUUAUUGGAUUAGCAAAUUGUUCUAAACUUUCUAAAUUGAUAAUUUACCUAUUUAGAAAUAACAUUCGUGAGUGUGCUUGGAGUGAAGUUGGAAAAAUGAGUAAUCUCCACACUUUAACAAUUCAAUUAAGUGAUAAUAAAAUUGGUUGUUUUGAAAACCUUCAUGGACUAUGCUCUGCUUUAGCAAAAUGCAAUAAUCUAUCAAAUUUGGUACUUAUUCUAAAUGAUAAUAAUAUUGAUUUUGAAAAUGUAUCUAUUUUUGGUUCUACAUUAGCAAAGUGCAAUAAGUUAUCAAAUUUGACACUUUUCUUUGGUAGUAUUAACAUUAAGCUUUAAGGUUCUUCAUAGUUAGGUUUAGGACUUGGUAAUUGUAUCAAUCUCUCAACUUUAGCAAUUAAUUUAAAUAAUUGUAAUAUUGGAGAUUAUGGUGUUUAGGAACUAAGUUCUGGAUUAGCUUAAUGCACAAAUAUCUCAGAUUUGUCCCUUUAUCUUGGCUAAAAUAAUAUUUUUAAAGACGGUGCUUCAAAAUUAGGUUCUUCGUUAGCAAAAUUAGCUAAGCUAUAAAGUUUAAUCCUUGGUUUAGGUGAUAAUUAAAUUGGCUAAGAAGGAGCUUCAGAAAUACUUACUGGAUUAGCAAAUUGUUCUAAACUUUCUAAAUUGAUAAUUUACCUAUUUAGAAAUAACAUUCUCUACUAGUGUGCUUGGAGUGAAUUUGGAAAAAUGAGUAAUCUCCACACUUUAACAAUUCAUUUAAGUGGUAAUGAUAUUGGUUGUUUAAAAAACAUUAAUGAACUAUGCUCUGCUUUGGCAAAAUGCAAUCAUCUAUCAAAUUUGGUACUUAUUCUAAAUGAUAAUAAUAUUGAUUUUGCAAAUGUUUCUAUUUUUGGCUCUUUAGCAAAGUGCAGUAAGUUAUCAAAUUUGACACUUAGCUUUGGGCAACUUAGAGUUUCUCCUGCUAUUAAGAAGCUAAAGUAAAAAAACUUGAAAGCUAAAAGAUUAGUUAAGCUUUAAAUUUAUUGA